UAGUGCCGCCAGACAUCUUGGUUUUAUUUUUAUUCGUGGAUCGUUCGAUUCGAUUCGAUAUAUAUUUUAUUUUAUUUAUGGCGAAUCCUAAGAGGAUUCACACUACAGCUUCUGCUCGACUAAAGCAGGACUAUCUUCGAAUCCGUCGAGACCCAGUUCCUUAUAUAACAGCCUGUCCUUUACACUCAAAUAUCUUGGAAUGGCAUUACGUCGUACGAGGUCCAGAAAACACUCCCUAUGACGGUGGGUUUUACCAUGGUAAGCUGGUAUUCCCCAAGGACUUUCCUUUUAAACCACCAAGGAUCUUCAUGAUCACACCUAAUGGGAGAUUCAAAGUCAAUACAAGAUUAUGUCUUUCAAUAAGUGAUUUUCACCCUGACACAUGGAAUCCAGCUUGGUCUGUAUCUACUAUUUUAACAGGACUCCUGAGUUUUAUGACUGAAACAGCACCAACUCUUGGCAGUAUUGAAACAUCAGACUUUCAGAAAAGGCAAUUUGCAUAUGCUAGUGGAGCUUUCAACUUGCAGGACAGAACUUUUUGUGAAUUAUUUCCAAAUAUUGUUGAAGAAAUUCAAGCAAAACUGAAAGAAAGAGGAGAAUUACUUUCAUCAGAAAAAUCAAGUAAUCUUGUACAAUCUUCCAGUUUGGACUCUGAGAACAUUGCAGGCGGCAACCAUGGAAUUAUGGGCAGCACGUUAGUAAAUAUCUGUGUCAUACUUGGCUUCGCUGCUUUUGCGUACACAGUCAAGUGUGUUUUGAGAGCUGUUGAAAAUAGCUAGUAGCAGGAAUAUCUAUAAAAAAUCCAGAUAAUAAUAAUAUUUGGCACCCAAAUCACUCACCAAACCCACAUAUUCCAUAAUAGUACAGUACUAUGUAGUUCUGGUGAUGGUAAACAUUAUAUGAAGAUGAUAAUUCUAGGGUGCUGUAUCUAAUGGACAAAUUCCCCUUAAAUUAUGUCAGAAGUGCCCCUUGACUAAUCCAUGGAAAAUUUUAGGAGGAGAGGAGGAAAAUUGAUUGCAUUGGAGAUAAAAUUUUAAUGUUCACCAAGUAUGGUCACCAUGGAAAUAGUGAGAAUGAAUGAAGAGGAUUGUUGUUGAAGAAAAGAGAAUUUCAUAACAAUGACUGACAAGUGCAAAACGAGGUCACCUGUCAUUAGUUUGCAAAAGAUAUAAGCACAUGUUAUGUGUUUAUUGAAGAAAAGUAUAAGAAAAUGACCUUUUGUUUUGACCUGAAUUCAUGCUAUCCACCUUUAUUUAGAAUGAGCAGCCUUGCUCAGCCUUACAAGAUGACUCGGUGGCCUCAUUUUCGUUUGCUCAUCAGCCAUUAUGGUAAUGGUGUACGGAGGUGUCUAAUAGCAAUGACAAUAUACAUAUAUGAAUUAUUAAUGUUAGCUGAUUAAAAGAAGAAUGGAUGGAGUAUCUAUAGAUCUAUGACUAAGCUAUUUUAAAAGGAUCAUAAGGCAAACAUCUCGUUGGUAAAUAGGUCAUGAAUGAAUAUUAGCUUUGAGAACUAUUAAAUAACCACUUUCAUGUUAUGCUGCAGCAACUCACUGAGAAAAAUAUUGCCCAAAGUAUUGCCUUGCAGUUAAGUUUAUCUGUAACUAUAAAAAAAUUUCAACAAUUUUAUGAACAAAUAUUACCAGAAUGUCAGGUUAUGAGAAAAAAAAAAGCAAUAAGGGUUAUAUGAAACACAUUUGAAAUAAUUUUAGUACGCUGUUGUGUUUCAUCCAAUGCCAGAGGGUUGAUCCAGGGGGGGGUAUGCCCAAACUCUCUUAACUGCAAUCGAACCCAUGCAUUAAAUAAACUAUGAACCAGCCUUAGUUAGAUAAUCAUGAUUCUAUCAGCUAAGAAGCUGGAAAUGUCUUACUUUUCUACAGCUUGCCUGUCACAAAAUUGAAGUCAUUGUUUGAUAUUGGUUAGUUCAAACCCUGCCUCGGUCUAACCCCUGCUCCAAUCAAAAUCCUGGUUUUGUGUAGUAUCUAGUACCCAGACCUUUCAUUAGAAAACUGAAGAGGGUUUGGGUACGAAAAUGAUGUACAUCGAUGUACAUGCUUUAUGACUUCAAUACAUAACGAAUUACUCAA